UCAAAAGCUCAGAAUAACGUGAAUCUGACCGGUGACCAGAAAGACCAACAACUCUCUCUCUCUCUCUCCCUCUCUCUCCCCAUCAUCCAUGGCACUGCAACUUUGGGAGACUCUGAAGGAAGCCAUAACAGUCUACACAGGGCUUUCUCCGGCGGCGUUCUUCACCGUUCUUGCCCUCGCCUUCGCGAUCUACCAUUUCGUCUCUGGCUUCUUCGUCUCUCCCGAAGAACACCGGCCUCGGUCUUUGGAUGCGCAGCCGCUGAUGGAUCCUCUUCCCCCGCCGGUUCAGCUCGGCGAGGUCUCCGAAGAGGAGCUUAAGCAGUACGACGGCUCCGACCCUAAGAAGCCCCUUCUCAUGGCGAUCAAGGGCCAGAUCUACGAUGUUUCACAGAGCAGAAUGUUCUAUGGACCAGGCGGGCCAUACGCUCUUUUCGCGGGCAAAGAUGCGAGCCGAGCUCUGGCGAAGAUGUCGUUUGAGGAAAAGGACUUGACGGGGGAUAUCUCGGGUCUCGGUCCAUUUGAGCUGGAGGCAUUGCAAGAUUGGGAGUACAAGUUCAUGAGCAAAUAUGUGAAAGUUGGGAGUAUCAAGAAGGAAGUUCCGGCGACAGAAGAAGGGUCGGAGCCCUCGGGAACUAACAGGGAAGCAGAAGACGGUCCUUCUAAAAACUCGGGAGAAGAAGCUGCAGCCGGAAACCCAGAAGAAACUUCUAGAAACGCGGGCGAGGAAGCUGCAAAGGCUGUGGCAAAUGGUGAUGCUGAGAACAAGGAAUAAUGUAGAGAGUUUUUAUAUGUUCUUAGGGUUUCUAAGUAUAAUCGGUUUACGAAGUUUGUCAUAUUCAUCAUGCCGUUAUGAAACUGAAUGAAUAGACGUGUAUGACGUGGGAAGGAUUGAAAAGUAUAAGUUAUUAGCGUAAAUCA